GAAAAGGGGGAAUUAAUCUGUUUCGGUCGGUCAAAAUGUGCACUCGGUUGGCGGCGGCAGUCGAAAUUUGGUCUCCUUUCGUUUGAUAAAGCAAGUGCCACAGUUGUUUCCAUUUGUUUCAAGAAGUGGGAACAAAAACGCAACAGCAAAAUUAACGGCGCUCUUAUACAAAAUAAUAUUCUAUAUACGGUCAGAAAAAGUGUAUAAUAAUAAAUGCAUCGGGAAAUUCUAACAACGAGUGUUACAGCAACAUUCCAAACAAGAAGCAAAGGAAGCCGGUUAAAAUAAUAAAAGAUUACAAGAGUGUUACUGUGUGCAUCAUGGAAUAGAUCGGUUUGGAAAGCUGUUUCAGUGAUAAUUGCAGUGGUUCCUUGGAAGGCAAUAAAAAAGUGUAUUCAAAAAUAAGAGAAGUGGCAAAAAGAAGCGUGUAAUGUUUUCUUUAAUGUAUAUGGUGCAAUACAAAUGUGAAGCCUUUUUAAUUGUAUGGCUAUUCCGUCAAUGAUCUGUUACUGUAAGAUGGGUCUAGAGAAAAUGUCUUGAAUGGAUCAUGUUAGUUACAGUGCUUCAGUUGACAAGUGAAACUAAGCGAGCGUCUUUUCUGGUACUUUUUAUCGAGAUGUUGUCUCGAAAACUUUGACAUGGAAUGUUGAAAGUAACAGACGUUCAAUAAAUGCUUCAAUCUCUUGAGUGCGGAUGAGAGAAAUUCCACGACUAUGUGAAACACAAGAAUAAUGAGUUAAGUGCUAACUUCUUCGUUAGGUUUUAAAUGCAUCGUCAAAAUUGAACUUUCGGAACUAAGAUAUUGUUUCCUUAGAACCUUUAGUUUGAUUAUGUUAUGUGCAAUCGUAAAUAUGUGAUAAAAUUACAAAACAACGUCCGGUCAAUAGUAAAACAAACGAUGCCGAAUUAUGUUCAAUUCUUCAAUUAUGUUGUACUAUGAAUGUGUGUGAUGUUGUAUCGUGCUUCAAAUUGUUCGAUGGUGUGCAAAUAGUGCAAAAACGUGCAGAUAGAAUAAAAUUAUAGUUUUAGAGUGUGUUUGUGCAAAAUUGUGGUAAUUAGCGCAGCUGAAAAUUAAAACAAAAUCGGAAAAAAGUGAACAAAAUUGCCUUGGAAAUAAAAGGAAAAUGUAAACAUGUUUGGCUUCAGCAAUGAAAAACAACAAUCGUGUUGGAAACGAUAAGAAAUUGAUAAAAUUACGAAACAAAAGAUUUAAUUGCUAUGAAACCCCUUUGCAAAAAAUAACUGUAACGCUGCAAACUUAAAUUGAAUCUACGAAGUUUUGGCAAUAGUUCAAUUAUGAUCGAAAAUAUCGUACAGUUUAAAGUUUAUGAAUGAGCACUACCUGGAGAGCAAAAUGCGGCAUUCAGAUAAUAAGGUGACGUGUAAAGGGUGUAGAAUACAAACCAUCAACAGCAAUGCUACGGAUCAAACAUUCAAGUGAAAAAAGGCUUUUAAUGAUUUUUAUAAGACCAGAAACAAGUGAUAAGGCAAGGGAGAGGUCUCUGUCAUCGUCCAUCGUGAACAACAUAGUUCAAGGGAUCUGAAAACAAAUACGCCAAAAAAGUUUGCGAUCAAUCUGGCAUGGAAUGAAAAAUCCCACUGCGUCAGACAAAGUCGACGAGUUUGCAUUCAAAAUAAUACCAUAAAUGACAGUUUUGACAUCUACACACAGCAGAUAAAAAGAGUACAACCAAACUGGAAACGAUAGGCUUCUAAACAGCAAAAUUAUGAAAGAAUCAUUUGAAAUCAUGCCUGACCAAGAACACUACAGCCUUCGGUGGAACAAUCACCAAAAUCAUAUACUCCGUGCAUUUGACACGUUACUGCAAACAAAGACGCUCGUUGAUGUAACAUUGGUUUGUGCAGAAACAAGUAUUCGCGCUCAUAAGGUAGUGCUGUCAGCUUGCUCCCCAUUUUUUCAGCGCGUUUUUUCGGAUACCCCCUGUAAACAUCCUGUAAUUGUGUUAAAAGACUUCCGUGGAUGGGUGGUACAGGCAAUAGUAGAUUUUAUGUACCGUGGUGAAAUCAGUGUUCCUCAGGAACGGCUAUCGGUACUAAUACAGGCCGGAGAAUCACUGCAAGUACGUGGACUGGUGGACCAUCCAGUAGCAGCCAACACCCCAACACCAGCCGAAUCACCUGAAGACUUUAGCUUGCUGGAAGGCUCUCUUAUAUCGCCUACGUCGCCAUCUCUACCCUCUCCUAAUUUUCAAACAAAUCAUCAAUCGGGACAACUUCGACACCACUCAACGACUCCCAGCAGUUUGAUAUCCGGGAACGCAUCAAAACUUUUGCUACCGCCGCAAGUGUUUGCUGAUCCUUCGAUCAACCUCCCCAGUGCACCCGUUGAUACGUGCACUUCUCCAAUGCCGCGACGUAAACAAGCGCGUCCAAGAAGACGCUCUGGCGACUGUGGACCGCAGGACCUGAGCAGUAAACCCUCAACACCUGUCCCACAAACUUUGGACGACGACGAGACUGAACGCGAUCUGCUUGAUGAACGUCCAGACGAUGAGGAUGAUCUAGAAGAUUUGGAAGACGAUGAUGACGAAGACCUUAAGCGCAUCUUGCACCGUAGCCAAUCAGUCGAUGAAAAACUGGCGGCACUAGUGGCAAAUGAAAAUUUACGAACACACUCUUCCAAUAGCUUGACAACAACUCCGACAACGACGAAUCCAACGAGCAACGAUGAACGACGAUCGCGCUCGUUACACAAAUUAAGUCCUCGCAAAACACCUUCAGCCAAUAGUAGUGCGGAACUCCUGAGGGAUGCCGAUCUCGAAACUGACCCGGUGGCAGUAUCGUCUGCGUCUCCACCAGUAUCUGAUGGACCGGAGAAUUUAUGCAUGAAAAAAUCCUCUUCCAGUAGUUCAUGUUUAAUUACAAAUAGUUCGAGCGGAGGUAGUGAGCAGCACGAGCGAUUAGGGCCAAUCGACGCUUCGGAUAACAACACAACCAACGCUGAAACGAGUGAUCGAGCAGCCAUUCGAGAUGGUACAGCACGCAUGUCGGAUGGGAGCAAAGAAUCCUCUUCUCUUUCUGAUGGCAUCAGUGGACAAUUGAGUAAUCGAGGACUUCUUUCCUUGAAGGAUAUACGGCAUCUGAACCGCGCGGCUUUAAACCGCUCCCUUGGAUCAAUCUCCCCUCCACCUUCUUUCUCGUCGUUAAGCAACAACCUACAUCCGGCUCUGAGUCUUAUGCAUCACCAUCACCAUCAUCAUCAUCAUCAUGGAGAAUCGAAACGUGUGAAACUCGAAGAUCGUGAGGAUGAGCGCUCGCUGCUGCACGACGACAUGAUGGAACCGCCACACUUUUUGGAUCAUAUGGAUCUAGCACUCAGUACACAUCAACAUCCACUAGCACACCACCUUGCCCACCAACAUCACCUACGCAAUUCUUCCCCUCAUGUAAGACCCCCAAUGGUCGACGCUGGCAUUGACAAUAACGGCAGCAACAAGCAGAAUAAUAGUGGUAUCCUCAGCAAUAACAAUAACGAUAGCGCCGGCACUAACAAUCACAACAGUAUCCUGAACCAGCUCCACAGUAACCCAAAUAACAAGCACCAUCAUCAGUCUGGUGGCCGACCUGGAACUCCCAAGCAUCCAUCCAGUAUAGCAACCAACAACAACAAUGCCAACAACAGCUCCUCCAGCAACAGUAGCAACAAUAACGGAGGCAGUAACAGUACCGGUAGCAACAACAAUCUUCACCAUGGUCAUCACCCCCAUCAUCAUCCACACAAUGGUCCAAAAGGAUCUGCUGGAGGGCCGAAAGACUUUCUCCACAGUCCCACCCUUAACUUUCCACCCUUCUUCAAUCAUGCCGAAGGACCACCGAGACCGACCCAUUCGCCACUUCCAUUCCCGCAUAUGCCGUCGGUGUCCUCCCUGACGCUCACUCCACCUCACAUGUUUGGUCUAGAUUCACCGCUAGGACUGUUUCCGCCAGGAAUGGAUCCUGGCAAAAUAUACAGCCCAUUAAUGGAAAUGUCUGAUCCUAGGGGAUUGCAUCAUGAAGGACCUCCGUUCCUCAAGAAGAAAAGUAAGUUGAAUCGACCAAAGGGACAACACUCCGCACCCCGAGGUGGACCACCCCGAUCUUGGACUAACGCAGAGCUCACCGAAGCACUGCAACAUGUGUGGAACAAGAAAAUGACUACGAGUCAGGCGUCGCGUAUCUUUGGCAUUCCUUACAAUUCUCUGCUUAUGUACGUGAGGGGCAAGUACGGCAAAAGCUUGAAGUUGGAACAGCUUCGAAAAGACUGCAUCAGUGGGCCACCGAUUGAAUUACUCCAGAUGGGUGUUAGUAAUAGCAACAAGGACAAAAACAAGGAAAGCAAAGAUUCCGACCUGCGUCACAGUCACCAUUCAGGCAGCGGGGCAGGACGGGAAGGCAACAAUGGCCCCAACGGUGGGGGGCACGGCGGAAAUGGUGGUGGAGGGCCACGAUCGGCAUCAUCCGAGCCCGAUCUCUUGUCCAGCCCAAAUCCAUUGUUUAACCCUUUCCCCGGUGGCUUCUAUCCGGAUUUCCCGGGCGGAUUUCCAGGGCUUCCGCUGAGCAUGCUGAACCUUCUGCCACCAGAACGACACCCAGCACACACGCUGCCGAUGUCCGUCGAUGAGGACUGUAAAAGUGACCGGUCGAAACAAUCGCUGGACGAUGAUUUUCCUCAACCGCUAGCCCUAAAUCGACCUUCAUCGGAGCAGCUGGCGGACAGUCGCCGGGAGAUAUACCAGCAGAAUGGGCAGGACUAAUAUUUAAGAUUCGUUAGCUCACUCCACUCGCAAACCCACGUCUAAUGAGCCCCUGAUCUCACAAGGCUUGGUGGAAUGGAAAACAGGCUAGCCGUUGCAUCCAACACGAAGGAUAGUUGUUGUCACCUUAGCUAAAUUAACUGUAUUUAUGUUUCACCUAUUGCUUCUGCAAAUCGGAAAAAACAUACCCUCUUGCGCGCGCAAUGUUGUGUUUUGUAUUAUCAUUUACGGAGUGAUAGUCCAUAGAGAAGAAAUACGUUUGCAAAAUCAAACAAUCGAGCAGCAAUGUACUUUAAGAUGUGCUGAGAUGACGAGUCAUGUGUGCUUACAAAGAAAUAGGAUGAUUUUUGAUAACAGUCCACCAUGCAUGCAUGCUUAAGAUGCACGGCAAAAUGGCAUCGCUUCAAGUAGCUCUGGUUGGUCUAUGUUCAGUGCAAGCAAUAUCGUUUGGAUUUAAUUAGUAAAAUUGGUUGUCUUAUUUAGUGCAACUGCAAAACAAAAGUUACUGCAAUAUCCGUGUGUAUUCGGGUGCGAUUUACGUGGCAAUAUCUGAACGAUGUAACUGAACAUAAUGCCUACGUAGUCGGCUAAAAUCUAAGACUGGUCAUUUGCAAUGAAACGUAAGGGGGUGCAAAGAUGAUGGGACGAACAGCAUAUAAGUUUUUUGUAAACAUAAAACAUAAACUACACGUACAAUUUAUUUGUUGGAAGACUUACGUCUGGUUUAUUUUUAUAGCAGUAUUUUAGUUCAAUCUGUACAGCGUGUUCUGGCUAUUUGAAUGUUGUUAAUUUAUCUGUGUACUCCAUUCUGUCGCAAGAUCAUCCACAUCCGCAAGAUAAUUUAUUCGAUAACAAUAACAAUUGAGACAUUCUGUUGAGACAACGAUGCUACAUUUCAACAACACCAUCAUCCAAUUUUAUUUUUUGUAAAGCAUUUUAGUGGUGAAGAUAGACAGGCGGGGAUAGAUCGUUACUUUUUUAAACCACGUGUCAAAUGGUGCAACAGUAAAAUCCCAGAACAAACACAUAGGACAGUGCAACGACUGCUGUGUUAUCGCAAUGAGGUUGUUGUACAUCAAAUAGAGAAAAUACGUGCUUCCUGAACAGUAAUCUUAAGUUUUGAGUAAGUUUUAAUCAAAGAAACAAUAGAACCAACCAUACUACGAUAACGAGCAGAAAUCGCACAUAAGUAAUGCAUAAUGGCAACAACGCAACACCAGCCCAGACAGCAUCGCUGUCAUGCAUAUGUUGCGAUGCUCUCAUUUAUAUUUUAUGCUAAUGUGGAAGCAGAUUAAAAAAUUAUUCAUAUUUUUAUUAUUUAUACAUCAAGCUACUAGUUAAGUGAAUAAGUUAUGAAAGGUCGGACGCAAUUAUGAAUGCAAUUUAUUUGGUACAAUACCUUAUUUUCCGGGGUGUAUUUUUGUAUCUACAUACGUUUAUUGAUUCCUGUUUUGAUUCUAUAUUGUUUUGUUGCAAAUACGUGAUGCUAAAUAGAAAAACAUUGCUUCCUGAUUUCUUUCUGAUUCCUAUUAAGUUAUAACGAUCUUUAAUAUUAUUUAAUUUUAUGUUAUAUCCAGUAGACGAAAGCAAUCGAGAGUAAAUACAUCGAAACAAUGCGUAACUUCAAAGAAGGGCUAAGCAAACCAGAUGAACAAUACAGUAUUAAUAAAUCAGAUAUUAUUAAAAUAGUGAAUCCUUUUCAUUUUGUUCAAUUGUUUGAUUUCGAUUUAUUUUUCAUGGUUUUCAGUAUGAUUUGUUUGUUUGGUAGUAUGAUUUAAACUCUUUUUUGUUUUUCAUCCGUUUUUUUCUAGAUCCAUCAGUUUUCUUACCGUUUCAGUAUGCAGGAUGUACUAGCACACAAGAAAUGAAACAUCUUAUCCGAAUCUUCACACCUAUGAAAAGCCGAAUCAAAUGCAUCGGCAUGGAAUAAGACUGAAAAACAUCACACAUUAUUAGUUAUUCUUCUUUGGCGUAAUGGCCCUACGCGAUCACGCCGACCUAUACCCAGCGUUCGGCCUUAUAGGAGCCUUCGGUGCUUACAAAUAGACAUCCGGGCCGUGCCUCACCGUGUUACAUAUAAGUUUCAGAUUGUAUGAAUUAGAUUUUGUGUUAUUUUCUUCAUUAUUUUAUUAAUUUAUUUUACCGUGCAGGAUUCAUUGUUUUCAGUUAACACAAAGCAAACCAUAUUUAAUUCACACACACACACCCACGAAGCAUUAUAAUGCAUUAAGAGAAUUUAAACUGUUUCAAUUGAUAAAAUAACCAGGUUACAUAUACAAGCUCCACGAAGAAGAGGCGCAGUUACGUUUGUACGUGCAAUAAGAAAGUAUCAUGCACGCAUUAUAUUGAAGUGCAGCAAUGGACACACAUACAAGUUCCAAGGUAACAAAUGUACUAAGCAAAAGAUAUUUUUAGGUUACCUGAAAGCAACCAAUUAACAGUCGAUUCGCACUUUUGUGCGUUCGUACACAUUUGAACUCAUAAGUGACAGAGUUACUAUCGAUGAAUGGUUAAAUAGUUAUGCUUUUAUUUCAAUUUCUUCGUGCAAUAUUGAAAGCAUACUGGCGUAUGUGAUUCAGUUAACCUGACAAACUAGCAUGCAAUAGAUAUACAGAACACAAAGCAAAUAGUCAGCUGAUAUAACUGCAAGCAACCAAAACCAAUAGUUCCUCAAUCAAUAUACAUAUAUACAAUAAAACUGACAACAGUUAUUUGUUGAACAAUAUUACCAAAUAAGUCAAAGAAGAAAACUCUGAUUCCUCUCAGUGGGCGCCCUCGCUUACGCGUAUGGAGGAUUUAAUACGAAAGUACGCAAAAUAACUUAUGGAUUAAAAAAAAACAACUAAUAUCUGCAAAAUAUACAUAACACUUCCCACGGGGCAAGCCAUGAAAUCAGUUCCUUGCUUGCCUCCCAUGGAAGCUAUUGCAAAAGCGUCAAAUUAAUUCUUUCGACAGUGCAGGUCGAGGGCGUCGGCUGGAAUUGAUACAUUUUUUAUUAUUUACAAGAUAGUACCAACACUGUUAGAAACAGUUACAAUAUCCAUAGCUAAGUUAAACAAACUAAUUUUUACAUUGCCUUUUUACACACUACCAGAUCAAUCGAGCCAAAUCGGUCGUCUACGAGAAGAACACAUUUUUUUACAACUAUUUUUAUACAACACACACACACAACAGGUCACAGUACGUAACAAGCUAGACAGAUAGCAGAGAGUAUUUUACAGAGCAAAACGGAUAUGCUACAUUACAAGAAGCAAUAGACACAAACAAACAAAUCAUGAUCAUUGUUACUGGCACUGUCAAAGACAUACAAUGCAUCGUGAAAGAUCAAUCCAAACAAGAGAAUGACUCUACAACCUGAACUCUAUACAACCAAAGUCAAAUGUAAGGUUGCAGGAUUAUGUACAUGGAACAGCACUACUGGGAAUGUAAAAUCAUCCGAGACUGCAAGGCGGAGUUAAGCGUUGUAUGACUCGGCCAAAUGCGUUAUGUUAAAUGUAUAUGAUAAUAGCAGUCGACAAAGUGUUUUCUUUUUUUGCAUAACAUAGUAUUGACGCGAAUCGCCAUCUGAUGUAUUAUUCGAAGGUAGCUGCUUAUUACUGAAUUGCGCAAGUAGUUGACAAAAUCGGGAUGACCUUUUUUCAAUUUUAUUCGAUUUCACUCACACAGGAAUACGAACUACAGCUUCAAAAAGGUGUCAAAAUGGUACGGUAGAAACGAUAGAGCUAGAAAUUUUGAACACUACACAGAAAGAAUCAUUUCGAAUCAUUGUAAAAAAAAAUAAAUGUACAAAUGUCAAACCAAUACAAAAAAACAAGGCUUCAAUACAAUGCCACAAUGUAAGGGAAAUGUACGGAAGUAUACAUAAGGAAUUAUAAAGUUUAUAAGCGUGAAGGGUGCAUAACCCUUAAGAAUAACUAAAUGGUAAACGGAAUGGUAAAAUUUAUAGCAUAUACUACUAAAAAUACAGUAUAUUCGGGCUAAUCAAACAUUUUAUUUAUCACUUGUGUUUUAAAAUGUCAUUCUUGUAAUAAAUAGUAUACGAAGAAUGACGAUGAGGAUAAUUAGAUUCCUUGGUGUUCAUAACAAAACGAUGAUCGAAAACGACGAUAAAAGCUUAUAAAAAAAAGAUCGUGUCGGGUGUACCAACCAUAACACAGCAAAAUGUGAAUCUGUGAAACGAUACAAAACAUGAACAGGAUAAAAUAUUAUGUAAACCAUAUGUACAAAUCAGGAACUCGAACCUAGCAUCACUAAUGCGAGCAUGUGCGUGCGUGUCUGUACGUGUGUGCCUGAUUAUGAAGUGUGUAGUAUUGUAUGUUAGUUGUUUUUUUUUCUAUUCUAUUCUUCCCACACAGUGCCACAACGAUAACGUGAAUCAUACUAUUACUACCAAAUAGCUGCUUAUUAUACUAGUUUUUGAUUUUGCUGCCGAAAGCAUUCAAUUGCAUUUGAUUUAUUCUAUUCUGUUAUCUACCAUUAUACCAUAGACAAUCCGAGAAUCAAACAUGCCUAGUAUUUAUUAUUUAAGCCUACCAUUAGAGUGAUGGAUUAAUAUAUUGUUUCCUUUUGCAUGUGUUGCAAUACCCAAAUCCAUGUUAUUCUCAUCAUUAAAGCACACGCCCGGAGUUCACGCACACUCGCAUUGGAGUAGAAACAUAAACGCGAAUAUGCUGUAGAAACCAGGCAGCAACCGUUUUAUGCAACAACAAAUGAAUAAGAAACAGGGUAAUUUAAUGAAUUUCAUAUACAUAAACUAAUGUUUGGCAAACCAUUUUAGUGCAACAAUACAAGUAUAGCACGUCAACGAACACGUAAUUGGCGGGAUGGUGGUUGGACAGGAAAUUAGAAAAUCAAUUUCCAAUCUAACUGACGCUCUGAUCUUUACAAGUUGUACACAAAAUGAUGUUGAUAUGCCAUGACGUUGUUUGCGGGCUUUCAACCAGUGCUCUAUUUUUACCACAAUACAUUUACAUUUAAGGCAUAGCAACCAGCAACCUGGGUAGAUAUUAAUUGAAUCACGAGGUACUCUUUCGCGAUUCAAUUUACCACGAACAACAACAACAACAACCAAAACAGCAGAAAAAAAAACAAUAUUUAUGUCAAUAUGUCUAUGUACAACCAACAUGGUAAAUUAAAAAUGAUGAUGUAUCUUGUUAUUUUCUCUCAACCAUACAAUGUGAUAAGUAUUGUUCUAUCUUCUGUUCAUUAUUAUUGUUCAUUUGUUUCUUAAAGGCCGGGCUACAUUGAUCGUACUCUCUGCUGUAAUUUUGAUUUUCACUAGCGCACCUGGCGGCGGCUGACCGAAGCAUUUUUCCAAACAAUUUGGAGCCGCUCCAGAAAAUUUGUUAUUUUUCCAUGUUUUUACCUUAACUGGACUGGAAAAGCUUUGUAAUUGAUAGAUGAAUAUGUUGUGCAAGUAUUUCAGUCGUUUUCGCAUCAAAAAACGGUGAAAAAACAACUUAAAUUUGAGAUCCGGCACGACCAUUCCCUUGAUGACCAAAAAAAGCUUCCACCAGCCGUCGCCAGAUGCGCUAGUGAAAAUCGAAAUUACGCUUCGGAGUACGAUCAAUGUAGCCCGGCCUUAAGAGUUGUGUAUUGCAGUUCAUUUCUAUCGAGUAUCUUACAAAUCUAGCAAUUGUGUAAAUAUCUAUGAAAAACGUAAACGAGCAAGACAUUUAGCUCCGGUAAAUUUUGAGAUGUCUCAAGACAACAUCAAAAAAAUAAUAUUUGGAUGUAGAAAGUACGAACUGGCGUUUUCGUGUAUAAUUAUUCUCUUUAUAACACAAAAAAAAUCUUAGCAAUGUAGUGGCAGUAAAAGAUAAAACCAAAUCUCUCUAGGAAAAUAACAUCAACUUAACGUUGUUUAGACGAAAAUUAUGAUUGCAAAACGUAAGAAUCGUAAAUAUAAAACAAAACAACCAAAAACCUAAAUUGUCUACAAGAAACGAAAAUGUGUGAGUUGUGAAAGAUGUGAAAUUGAUAAACUAAAUCAUACCGAACGGUUGCAUUAUUUGAUAGCAUUUGUAAAUUAAAACACUGACAAAUUCAAACUAGAAUUAAACAAUAUUAUUUGCACCGCAAAACACACUUGCAGUUUGUAAGAACAGUGAUACACCACUUUCAUGCAUUUGGUAUGGUUCGAACGUCUGUAAAGUAAGGAAUGGCCAGUGCGAGUACACAGCAGAUACUAUUACUUUUAGUAUGAUGGCUCGAUUCUUAUACUUUCCGUAACUCUACUAUUCAGUUUAGUUAUCAACUAUAAGACUUUGUUUUGACGAAUCCUAUAUAAACCAUAGGUGACAAAACGAAAUUCAUAUUACUCUAUUCAAUUUGAGUACAAUUAUUGAAAAGACAGGCAUCGAACAGACUGCAAAAAGUCGCAUAGCAAGGUACAGGAGUUGGACAAAAAAGAUUUGUCAAACACCAAAGCCAACAUUCGCUCCAUCAAGCAGCCGAAAGGAUAGUCCUAAGUAAGUAAAGCUCUCCCGAACGAAAACUGUAUAAAGAAACUUGCAAAGAGGGAAUACUAAAAUGAACAUUAAAACCAAAUUAAGCAUCCGGCUAAAAGAACCAUAUUGAAAAUCUUCGAAAUUGUGAAAAGUGUAAUGAUCAUAUUUGGCACUAAUUGAUAUUUACUGUUAUAAAACAAUAACGAAAAUUCAAUAAAAAAUAAAAACAAUGACUUGAUCAA